AUGGCGACUGCGACUGCUGUAGAAAGACUGGAAGCGAACGUCCCAGCAGCCGAUUUGAACGGUCCACAUGUGGCGAACUCGGUUGAUGUCGUCGAAAAGUAUGCCCAAGAGCGAGAGAAGCGCAUCGGCAAGGGUCUUAGCCAGUUCGUCGACCUCAGAGAGUCAGCGAAGUUCAAGUCGUUGCUUGAUGAUCCCUGGGUCGAGCCUGGCACUCCAAUCAACGAAGUCGUCUCCGAUGGAGGCCACUGCAGAGUCCUCAUAGUGGGAGCUGGAUAUGGAGGUAUCUUGUUUGCUGUGAAUCUCAUCAAGGCAGGAUUCAAUGUGUAUGAUAUCGUGAUCGUCGAUCCUGGUGGAGGCUUUGGAGGGACUUGGUAUUGGAAUCAUGUCGAGGCAUACAUAUAUAUGCCUCUUCUGGAGGAGAUGCAGUACAUGCCGAAGCACAAGUACGCAGGGGGCGAAGAACUCCGCGAAUACGCCGAGAGCAUAUGCCGCAAGUACAACCUCUUUGAUCGGGCCAUGUUUCAGUCCAGCGCCAAGAAGAUGUCAUGGGACGAUGACAAGCAAGAAUGGAAGAUCGUGAUAUCUCAAACGCCCAAAGGACUGCAGCCCAAGGUCAUCGACGUUUCUGCUGAUUUUGUCAUUCUUGCGAGUGGUGUCCUUGACAACGCAAAAUUGCCAGAUGCGGCGGGCAUUGAGGAGUUUCAAGGCGAUAUGUUCCAUACUGCUCGUUGGCAUUACAACGUUACUGGUGGCGGCCCUACAGAUCCAAGAAUGACGCGUCUGCGAGAUAAGAAAGUCGGUAUCAUUGGCACAGGUGCAACGGCCAUCCAGGUAGUCCCACGAUUGGCAGAAUGCUCCAAAGAACUUUACGUGUUCCAGAGAACCCCAUCCGCCGUGGCAGCGAGAAACAAUCGCACAACUGAUCCGUUCGACUGGACGACAGAGAUUGCCAACAAGCCAGGGUGGCAGCGGGAGCGAAACUUGAAUUACUUCGCAUUUGUCGGCAAUGCUGAACCCAAGCCAGCCGUGGAUCUUGUCAAAGAUGGCUGGACUUCAAUGCCGAGCUUCAGUGCGCUGAUUGCUGGUCCAAGCUAUAAUGUCACUCCAGAGAAUGCUGCUGAGCAUGUGUCGAAAAUGUACGCUCUUGAUCGUCCGAUCCAAGAUAGGGUGCGGAAACGAGCCUUGGAUGCUGUGGACGAUCCUCAGACCGCGAGCAAGCUGCAAGCGUGGUAUGCUGGGUGGUGCAAACGACCUUGCUUCCAUGACGAGUAUCUGCCUGCCUUCAACCACCCGCACGUCAGGCUCGUUGACACAGAUGGCAAAGGCAUAGACCGGCUAUCACGUAAUGGAGUCAUUGCUAGUGGUCAUGAAUACGAACUUGAUGUGAUAGUGUGGGCAUCGGGAUUUGUGUCACCUGCUGUUGGCACGCCGGCAUCCAAGGCAAGCAUCGACUUGACUGGCAGGCGAGGGGAGCGAUUGGAGGAGAAAGUUCGCGAGAAGGGCGUUUCAUCGCUUCAUGGUGUUGUUAGCCGAGGGUUCCCAAAUAUGUUCUGGCCAGGUCCCUUCCAGACCGCUGCGAGUCCAAACCAGAUGUUCCUGUUGGAGACACUCAGUUCCCAUGUCGCGUAUAUCGUAGCCGAGGCAAGUUGCCGGACCGGAGGCAAAGCUGUAGUUGAACCUACCGCUGAAGCGGAGGAGCAGUGGGCAGCGCGUAUAUUGGAAGGCGCAGCCGUCUUCUCCAGCGUGGCGGGCUGCACCCCAAGCUACAUCAACAAGGAAGGCGAGGUCGAUAACAUGACCAUGGAAGAGAAGAUCAAGGCGGCUAAAGGCGGCGUCUGGGCCAAAGGCAUCGUUGAUUAUGUCCAUGCCCUUGAAGCCUGGCGAAAAGAGAACACUCUACACGGGCUAGAGAUCAAAAGCGGCUGA